CGCGCCACGAGUGUGAACAGUGUAGUCCUCAUCGCCAAUGCGAUUUCAUUUGCGAUCAUGACUUUUAUCUAUACCGUAUUUGGGGGAUGUGCCGAUCAUGGAGACUUUGAUCAGUGGAUUCUGUUAUUUUUGAGUUGCGUUUGGUGGGCUACUCAGCUGGGACUAAUCGGGGUCACUGAUCCCUCACAAUGGAGAGCGGCCAUGGCUCUGUAUAUCAUCGGAUUCACAACCUAUGGCGCUGCGCUUGUCUUCAUUGCCGCAUGCCUGCCCAGGCUUUCACGCAACACGCCAGAUGCACGAAAAGCACGCGAAGAAUUUCACAGGGGCCUUAUAAAACAAGAGGAACAUGAUCAACGAUUAAGUCUUGAAAAAAAUCGAUUGUCGAUGAUCAGCUCUGUACACUUCAACAUUGGAUCAUUCUUCACACUCUUGUUAAGCUUAAUUAUCGUAUUUUUUAAUGCUACAGCAAGAUUAACGACCAACUGGACAAUUGUAGUUGUCAGUUCUUCUUUUUAUUCAAUUCUAGUCGGUAUUUGGUGGUUCGUGUUCCAGAAGAAGCGCCCGGGUUUGCCAUUACCCGAAAGGCAAUCUUACAUUACAAUUGGUGUAUGGACGUUAUAUCGUGCUCUCAAAGGGUGUCGACAGCUUCCUCAAACCUUUCUCUACCUUGUGGCUUCUUUCCUCCUGGCUGAUGGAGUGAAUACCACCACCACCUUGAUCUAUAUAGUCCAGGGAGAAGCAGUGAAUUUCAGUCCUCUUCUGUUGACGUACCUAAAUCUUGCUCAAGCUGGAACAUCUGUGAUUUCCGUGUGGGUAUGGUGGUACAUACAAAGCCAUUUCAAUCUCAAAACAAAGCAGAUGUUUACCGCGGCUACGGUUGCAACGGUCAUAAUCCCUCUUUGGGGUACAUUGGGAAUCUUCACGGACAAGAUCGGAUUUCACAAUCGCUGGGAGUUCUGGAUGUAUAAUUUCUUUGUUGCUGUUUUUCAAACACCAUAUUAUGCAUACUCCGUAACAAUGAUUGCUGAGCUAACACCGCCUGGACACGAAAAGAUGUUUUUUAGCCUGUAUGGGUUCUCAAAUAGAGCUUCUUCAUUGAUUGGUCCAAGUAUCAUUCAGGCUAUCAUAAAUCAUACUGGCUCCAACUGGUCAGGUAGGCCUUGA